AACCCAUCCAUGUCUGCGCGCUGCGGCAAGACUACAUUUGUUGUGGUGUCAAAGAUCUUAUUUCGAUUGGGAAGGUCUCCUUCCGAGAUAAAAUGGAUAUCUUUGCCGAUCUCCCAACACAUGGUCAUAAGGAUGAAGCUAAUCUAAGUAAACCCAAUGUGACAGAUGUUAAGGUAUCUGCAAAUACCCAAGUGGACAAGAAAAAAGAAGAUGCUAAUUCAUUAUACCAAGAUGAAGUAAGACAAGAAGGAGGAGAAGAAGAGACUGGAAAUCUAAAGAGAAAAUCUGUCGAUGAGCAAGGAGACGAAGUACCUGCAAAACGAUUGGCUACAGGAAUGUACAGUUUACAUGGCUACUAUGCAGAAAGAAAAGGAGAGAGGAAUGAAAUGCAGGAUAAGCAUGUCAUCCUCAAUGACUUCACACCACAAUUCUCGAACCUUCCUUCUACUGUUUCUCGCUUGUCUUUUUACGCAGUCUACGAUGGACACAGUGGGGACAAGGCUUCAAAACACGCAGCAAAGAUGCUCCACAAGCACAUCCUUGACAGAUUCCCAAAGACGGAGACCACGAACCGUGACAAAGAGAUAAAGAAGUGCCUCAUCGAGACGUUCAGGGUCACCGAUGAAGAGUUUCUCAAACAAGCUUCAGCCAGCAAGCCUGUAUGGAAGGAUGGAUCUACAGCAGUCUGUGUUCUGGUGGUGGAUAACACUCUCUACAUAGCCAACCUUGGUGAUAGUAAGGCGUUCCUUUGUCGCUACAACCCUGAGACUCAAAAGCAUCAGUUCCUACCACUUUCGAAGGACCACACCCCGACCGAUUACGAUGAGAGAAUGAGGAUUCAGAAGGCUGGUAGCAAUGUGAGGAAUGGAAGGGUUAUGGGCAUCUUGGAGGUCUCACGGUCAAUCGGUGAUGGACGCUUCAAGCGCUCGGGGGUCAUCUGCACGCCGGACAUCAAGAAAUGCCAACUGGGAGACAACGACCGCUACAUCCUCCUCUCCUGUGAUGGAUUAUGGGAAGGCUUCGAAGCCGACGCUGUUAUGCAGUUCACAAAUGAUAUUCUAGAUGGAGAAAAGGUCAAGCAGUCAGAAGGAAAGUCUAAGGAUGAUGUGUUGUUUGAGACAGCAUGUAACAGACUGGCUUCGGAGGCUAUACGAAGAGGGAGUUCAGACAAUAUAACAGUCAUCUUGGUGAACAUUAAGAAAAGCUAGGGGCAAAUACAGGAGUUUUAUUGACAAUGAUUUCAUUUCCUUAUUAAGACGACUAGUGGGAGACUGGCUCCGGAGGCUGUUCAAAGAGCUAUAACAGUCAUCAUGGUGAACAUCAAGAAAAGCUAGGGGCAAGCACAGGAGUGUUAUUGGCAAUUGUUUCAUUGCCUCAUUAAAACACCUUUGAAGAGACUGGUUCUGAAGGCUAUAAGGAGAAGAAGUUCAGAGGACACAACAGUCACCAUGGUUAACAUUAUGAAAAGCAAGGGGCAAGUACAGGAGUAUUAUCAACAAUAUUUCAUUGCCUUAUUAAAGCAACUUUUAAGAGACUGGCUUCGCAGGCUAUUAGGAGAGGAAGUUCAGUCAACAUAAUGGUUAUCCAUGGGCGGUAUUCUGAUUACGGUACCAUUUUAUCUCUAAACUAUUUGUAUCUUGAUAAAAUGAUUAGUAUUCUGAGACCACUUUUUAUCUCAGGCUUUAAAAUCUUUCAUUUUAACUCAAUCUCUUGUGUGCCUAUUACAUUGAUAUGCGUAAUCCGUGCAGUUUAUUUUACAUGAAAGAUGAAAGAAAAGUCAAAAUAGGGUAGGAGCUAUUUUAUCUCUCGGAUGGACUUUCGGUGAAACAUUUGUUUUAAAGUAUGCUGCUUGUCGUGUGAUCAAAAUGUUUAAAAAACACUGAGUACAGACUAUAUUUCUCAAGCAACAUUCUCAUUUCUUGUCAUGGGACAAGUCAGAUGUCACUACAUGUGAGAUUUGGAGCCGAUUUAACCUUUCCUCUGGCUAGAUGGCUUGAAAUAAGCCAUUUAAAAAAUAAUAAUAACACUACUUAAAGACAUGAAUAUGUUGUAUUUGUGAAUGUUCAAGUCACAUGCUGUUUCCAAAUUUUCUCUGAUUCCAAGUGGAUUGUAUAAUGUGUGGUGGCCUUUAACUUCAUCAGAAAACAUGGUCUGAACAUCAGACUACAGAUAUCUGGCACAUGUGUCUUUUGAUACAUGUGGAACAACAUGAUGAUGACAUAUUUAAAAAUUUUCUUCUCUGUUUUACUACCAGCACUUAAUAACAUCUUUCAAUUUUGCCUUUAAAAAGUUCAAGACUUUGCUGUCUUGUUUGAUGCAAAUUCUUUAUGUCAUUUCUUUCAUGGAAUUCUUGUGAAAACAUAAUUUGGAUUUUGAAGCACCCUCUAAAGUCAGUGCCAGUCAUUCAAGCCUACCACCUGUGCUUUUUAAUCAAAAUGGAUUAUAAAUAUUAGAAAAUAGCAUUUUGAUUGACAGCCACAGACCCCCCUGUUCUGGAUGGAAGAGUCAAAAUUUGUUUCAUUUGUAAAGAAUUCAACCUUACAUGACCUGAGAUAUAUGUAUAUUUGUUUCCCAAGAAAAUGUGAAUAAACAACAGUUGUUUCUUAA